AGCCAGAUUCCAGUCAUGGAAUAGCAUUCGCUACUUCCGCCCUUCAAUUUGGUCCCACCCAGGUUCCUUAGGAGUCGUAGCAACACCGUAUUUCCGUGACGCGACCGCGCAGCCCUGUGUUUAACAUCGGAUUUUCCGUGCCACGGGGCCUCAAAAGUCGCCCUUUUUUUCUGUAGGUUGUCAGAGGAUCUACAAGUCGCCAUUUUUAGGGGCGAGUCGUGUCAGAGCCCGAUUGGCACGUUCUUUGAAUCAACUCAAGAAACAUCUCCACGGCUUUUAGGCGUCUAGGGCGUGUUCAGUGCCCGGCUGGCGCAUCCGAAGUGCAUUUCGACGCUGCUGCGCGUACAUUCUCUGUAGUUCCCCGCAGUGUUCCGUAGUACUUCCCCUUUCGUUCGUCGUUCGUCCUGGCGCCAUGAUGCUAACCCUCUCAGCAACGCCAGUGUCGUCGGCCGUUGCGUUAUGCACGAGCUCUCUCCCCUCGACGCCACCCCUUACCGCAAGAAGCCGCCUUCUGCGCGGUGCACUGCGCGCGAGCGACCGACUUCGGUGGAACCGGAGCUGCGCGCUCCAUCGCGGGAGCGCAACAUGCGCGCGUGCUUCCGCCGAGACGGGUGGUGAUGGUGCGGAGACUGCUAGCAGCCCGUCGCAGGGGAAUGUGACUAUUGUGAAAGAUAGGGAAGGGGAACCGGGAGCGAGGGGCGCUGGGCCGGAAGCGGAGGGGGGCGAGGCGGAGAACAGGCGGGGAGGGGAUGAACGAGCGAGUGGGGAAGCGAGUGAGGGAGCGAGUGAGGGAGCGAGUGAGGGAGGGAGUGAGAGGGAGAGGGGGCUGUACACUGAGUUUGUGGAGUACUGCGUAGAGGCCAUGGGCCAACACAUGCCGCUCACUCCUGUUCCGAUACGGCCCGACUGGCAGGUGCUAGAGGGCAGUGACGGCGAGGGUGGCAUGGCACACUGCCGCAGUGUGGCGGUGCAUGCACCUAAGAUCCGCCUCAUGCGGUCUGCCGAUAUCAGCGCUGGGAGAACGCUGCAGGUGCUCAACCUUAUUGCCUUCCCCCGCCCCGAGUACGACCUGCCCUACUUCUGUGCUGACCUUGUCACCUUCCCCAGAGGCCACCUCAUCGUGCUAGAUCUCAAUCCCUUGCAUCAGAGCGAGGAGCACUUCAACAAGUACAUCGCACCCGUCAUGCCCAUUGCCAACAAAUACAUCAAGCACCUGCCGUGGGGCGGCGAGUUCACAGCAGAGUCCCUGCAGUUCUUCUCCCCGGCUCUCAUCUGGGCCAAGCUGCCUCUGGAUGCUGACGUCACAGCCCAUGUGCUGCCCGCUUUCAAGGAGUACCUGCAUGGAAUGUGACUCUAUGGCAAGUGACUUAAAGCGC